UAUAAAAAAGAAAGGGCAAAUUCAAAAUUACCCAGACAAUCCACUCAGAUUCAAGAACCAGUCCUACUUGGAAGGUAUCGAAAUUUAGAUUCCACAAUUCAGAUCCGAAGCUCCACCAAUCCGAAAUGACUCAAAGCUUACUCUAAAUUCACAUUGUCAAGAAUCAUUUUCAAUUUCCAUAAUUGGAUCAGAGUUUUUCCAGGUUUGGUUCCCAUCUGCGCUCGUUGGAAAUUCCUUGAUGGGGAAAGGAGGCGGCUGCGUUCCAAGCAAGAAGAAAGUACCUUCAGCCGUCGCCGCGGCCGAUUCCCAGAGCGGCUCAGUACCGAUCGCGGUUGAGGAGGAGUCUCAAGAUGCCGAGCCCAGCUCCGCGAACGAAACUACGACCUCACUCCCAAUUGCGAAGCUGAAAAUCUUCGUAGUCUUCUACUCGAUGUACGGACACGUUGAAAGCCUGGCUCGGAGGAUGAAGAAGGGCGUCGACGGGGUCGACGGGGUCGAGGGAGUUCUGUACAGGGUUCCGGAGACCUUGCCGAACGAGGUGUUGGAGCAGAUGAAGGCGCCACCCAAGGACGACGGGAUCCCGGAGAUACCAACAGCGGAGCUGGCUGCGGCGGAUGGCUUUCUGUUCGGGUUUCCGACGAGGUACGGGUGCAUGGCCGCGCAAAUGAAAGGGUUCUUCGACUCGACGGGGCAGCUCUGGAAGGAGCAGAAGCUCGCUGGCAAGCCUGCCGGCUUCUUCGUCAGCACGGGUACCCAAGGAGGCGGUCAAGAAACCACUGCCUGGACAGCAAUCACCCAGUUAGCCCACCAUGGAAUGCUGUUUGUUCCCAUUGGAUACACCUUUGGAGCCGGUAUGUUCAAGAUGGACUCCAUCCGAGGGGGUACUCCAUAUGGUGCUGGAGUUUUUGCUGGAGACGGCACAAGAGAGCCAAGUGAAACAGAGCUGGCAAUUGCAGAGCAUCAGGGCAAGUAUAUGGCUGCAGUAGUCAAGAGGCUCAACAUAGCAUGAGGUCCCAUACCACAAUUCAUAUGUAUAGAUUAGUUCAGUCUUUAAAAUUUCUGGUGUUCUGGACAGUUCUAUGGCUUUCUGUCUGCUGCUACUCCCUCCCGGGGUGUCUCUCUCCUUUGUUCUCUUUAGCAUGUUGUGAAAUUCUUCUGCUUGAUUCAAUACAAAAAUAAUGCGAAAUGCGUCCCGAUUGCUUCUCA